AGCCAGGGUCUUCACUUCGUUACAGACCACCGCUAAAGAAAGUUCGUUCAGGGAUCAGAGAGGCGGUUCGUUACUGCUCUCCGAAGAAGAUACAGAGACCGUUAUGGAAUAGGCGCGCGAAAGAUUUUAUUUUUUUGUUAUAACGAAGGAAAGAAACGUUAGGGAAACUGUGUGUAGUAGUGUUUUUAUUUUAUUUUGAGAAAUUAUCUAGUUCUGUUACGACACGAGUUAUAUUAGCAAGUUUUCUAUUACAUUAUUUUUAUUCAAUUAUUUAUCGAAACCAAACCGCGAAUUUCACGUUGGAACUGUGGUCAAAACUUUAGCGUGUUAAUUUUUCGUUUACUGUUUUUGUAAGAACACCACUUUUUUUAAAAACUUCAAAUUCUAUCAAGUUCAACCCCUUAAACCGUUCACAAAAACCCGUUAUAAAUGUUGAAGAUGUCAUUCUCGAAGGCAAAACUGAAGAGAUUUAACGACGUUCCAGUCGUUUCCUCUCCUUCACCAUUUGUCGAACCAAAGGAAAAAGAACCUUCUAAGAAGUCUAAGAAGGAAGAAAAAAUUAAGAUGGGCAGCAAGGAUGCCGAGUCCAUCAAAACUAGCAAAAGUGCACUCAGCUUGUUCCGCACGCCGUCCCUUCCACGGCGCCUCAAGUUCAAGCACAUAUCGGACCUGACUCCAAAGAAAUCCUCUUCAAAGGAGGUCGCCGAAAGAAUACGUCAGUUGGACCGAGACCUGGACGCCGUGGGCACAAAAGCCACUUCAGAGAAAAGCAUAGAUAACAGUGCUGCUUCUGCUGCUGCUCCCAAGCUUCCGCCGAUAGUUCAGCUGUACAAUAAAAUUGAUGUGAACAAGGAAGCUCUACAGCGAGCACGUGAAGAGAACGAAGAGCUCAAGACCAAAGUGCGGGAGCUAUUGGCCGAGAAAAAGCAAGCCGAAAUGGAUCGGUGUAAUGGGCUCGCACAGAAGGACUAUCAGAUUAUGUUGCUUGAGCGAGAACUUACCAGCAUUACCAAGGCAGACGAGCUGCUGCAAGGCAUCGCCGAGGGAUGCUUGGAGAAGGUUAAAGAGAAUGAGACCGAAAUCAAGGAACUACACAGAAGCUACGAGCAACAGCUGAGUGCACUGUACGAUUCGAAGCUUGAUCUCGAGAUUAAGUACAAGGAGUUAGAGAGGAAGUACAAUGAAUUGCAUGACGAUCACAUCAUAGCCGAGGGAGAAUGCUUCCUGUUCAAUGAGGAACUGAUGGCGACCAGGGAGAUUCUAGAGGCGCAUGAUUUGGAGCUACAGAAACGGAUGGAGGAGAUUACCACAAUGGGACAAAACUUAGAACAACUGACCAAAGAAGGGAACGAGCUGAAGGAGCAAGUGAACUAUUUCAAGCUUCAAACAGAGGACGAUAUGGUGAAAUAUGUGGAAGAAAGUCGUGUCUCUAUACGCGAAAUGGAUGCGCUGAAAAAAGAGAAUGAAAAGCUGUUAGCCAUACUGAGUGAGAAAAACACCAUCAUCGAGGGAAUGCAGGAAGAACUGAACGAGAAUCAGUUCCAGAUGGAUGAGAUUAGAGAUGAGGUGAGAAACGAGUUCAAUCAAGAACUGAGCGCAAUAGUCAAAAAGUAUGACCAGCAGCUCGCCACAACGAAUGAGGUGAACGAAAUGAAGGUUAGAGAAUGUGAGUCGAUCUUCGUGCUCGAAAAAUCCAAGCUGAUCAAGGAACAUGCGGACAAGAUCAAGAUACUGGAACAAGAUCAUCUGAAGGAGAUCGAACGAAUCGGCGAACAGGCCGAGGAGAAGAUCAGAAUCUCGGAAAUACAAAAUGAAGAGCGAAUCAAAGGGCUGGAAUUGUCGGUCCAGAGCUCGAUCGCUAACGCAAUCGCCCAUGAGAAAAUGCUGUGGCAAAGAGAGAUGGACAAGUGUCAGAAAAUUGCCGAGACUGAAAUUAUGCAGUGUGAGUUUGAGAAACGUGACCUAAAAGCCCUGUGGGAAGCGUCCAUUGAAGUUAUCAAGGAACAUGAGAAUAAAAUUACCGAACUCGAAAGGAAACUCAACUUCGAAUUGGGGGGAAAUAGUAAAACCAAGGAGGAAUACAAAAAGGAACUAGAGGAGGCGACCAGAGAAAACACUCGGUUGCAAACCGAGCGAUACAACUAUCAGCUCACGUUGAACAACACCCGGUCGACGGUAAAUAUACUCAUGGAUCGCCUGCAAAAAUCCGAUGGAGACGUGGAGAAGCUCAAAACUGAACUGGACGCGGUGCUUAGAAGCAAAUCGGAGCUGGAAACCGAGAACAACAAUCUGCGCGAGGAAACAGAGGAGUACAAACGGGUUUUGUCCGCGUUGCGAUUGUCAUCCAGCCAACUCGAGAAGGAAAUGCGCGAGAAAGAGGAGGUGUUCGAGAAGAUCAUCACAUCCGAGGAAAGCGCCAUACUGACGGUAUCCCAGAUGGGUAAACUGUUCAAUGAGAAGAUGGAGGAGAGCAUUUCGCGCUAUCUGGAUAUGUACGAUGAGUUGAAGAAGAAGUACGACGCUCGGGAAGCGUACAUCCAAGAUAUGAAAACAUUGCUAGACGAAUUCGCCACCGGGAUUGAGCUGGCACGAAUCGAAUUAGACACCAAAGAUAAGAAAAUUUCCAAUUUGGAGAAUGAAAACAAGGACAUAAAGUUGGAAAUUAUGACAGUUAGAUUUAAGUGUGAGCAGUUCGAAAAAUACCAAAGCGAAGGACGUUUACCUCACCCGUCGCCUGAAACUCCUAAACACAGCGAUGAUGAAGAGCUGGUUUCGAACCUUUUGAUAGAGAAUAUCAUCAAUCAAUUGGAGGAUAGCGAAAAAACGGCUCUAAACUGUGAACAAAUUGGGCUGAUUGAAGAGGUUAUCGGCUGUGAUCACGACAAAGAUGGCACUCGAUUGAAUGAUCUUUCCGAAAAGCUCCGUUCAACCGAAGAAAAACUAAAAAUUGUGGAACAGUUUGCCAAAGAAACCUCCGAUAAAUACGCAGAGUUGCUGGACAACCAAAAUAACCGGCAGAAAGCGAAAAAUGUGGAAGCCAACAAGGAUCACCAGCAAUUGAAAGCGAAAAUUGCCAAGCUGCAAGAAACCAACAAGAAGCAGGAGAACACGAUCAUUGGCCUCCAGCAGCAAUUGUCGAGCUUCGAUUCGCCCCAGAAGAUGAACCUUUCGGGCAAGCUUUACGGUAUCGGUAGCCCCAAGACGCCCAAGAAGCUGAUUGCAUCACCUUACCCCGGAAAGGAAAACCGUUCUCCGGCUACUGUGGCGGUGUACAGUCCGCGUUCUAACGUGCUUCGCCAGAGGAAUAACUAAUCAUUCGCGUUAUGGGCUAAGAAUUCGAUGGAUCCGGAUGGUUCUGGAUUUUUCCGGCAAAGUCCGGUUUGGUUAGAUUUCAGUUUUCAGAAGUAUUAAUAUCUAUGAAAUAUGGCGUGAAAAGUGUUACUGAAUGAAUAUUUAUUAUACGAUUAUAAGAUAAACCUACUGGAAUGUUCAAUAGGAACAACGUGAUAAGAAACCUAAUUUAUAAUGCAGCAAAAAGUGCUCCGGCAAAAUUGUGAAGAAAGACAUUUCGACAUUGAAACAUUAAGGCGAAAAAAUAAUGUAGUGUAAAUAAAUCUUAGUUAAACCUA